AUGAGUGAAUAUAUUGCCGGCGUUGGCGUCAGCGUCUGCGUCGAGAGAAGUGGCUACAUGAAGGGCUUUGGCCUCAAGGACUUGCGGAGAGCUAUUGGGGGAGUGAGAGGAGAAAAUACGAUGAAAAAUGAAAACCAGCAGCUCUUCAGCAGCAGGCAUCAGCAAACAGCAACAUCAACUCAGCAACUCAGCAGAAAUAAAGACAGCAGCAGUCCAGCAACUCUGCAUAAGCAGCUUAGCAACAGCUGCCCAGCAAUCAAUGCAAAAGCAGCACCGGGCAUGAAGCAACCAAGGACUGUCUUUUCUCAGCUCAGCUCACAGCAUCAGCUACAUCAUUAA